GAAAGGAGAAAGGGAGGGGAAGAGAGGAAGAGGGAGAGAGAAAUGGGGGAGAAAGAGAGGCACACGCAGGCACGCACACACUCGCGCGCACGCACACACAUACACAUAUAGAGUCCUCUGCGAGCUGCCAGAUUCUGUCAUCGCCCUGUGUCAGAAGCCCUGUGGCACAAGCCUGAUUGGCGGGCUUUGUUUAUUCUGUGCCCAGAUUCCUUGUCCCAGCAGGCAGGCCACAGCAGAGGGCCGCUGAUUGGCCGCUCCUGGGCGCUGACCCUCCCUCCCUCUUUCUCUCGCAUGGCACACACCACAGCCAGGGCUGCGCGAAAUCCUAAACCAGCCCGAUUUCCAUCCAUUCAUGAAUCCGUGACGUCAGCCCCGGCCGGGGCUCCUUUGCAGUGGGCUGGCUGGAGGACCGUGGGGGUGGAGGUCCCCGUUUUUGCCCUUCCACCAUGCUCCCCUGAUGGCCUUCCAUCUUCUCUCCGACCUGAAAAUGGAGCAGCAUGUGUAGGAAUCCUCCCGGGCCGUCCUGAAGCCCUUUCUUGUAACAGGACUGCACUCAAGCAAUUCUCUGGAUAUCCUCCCCAGUUCUUAUGCACACCCAUGGCACAAUGAGCAGCCCUCAGGAGCAGCUGAGCUGGUCUUCCUCACCUACCUUGACCUUGAGUGAGAACCGAGCUUUUGGAGGGCUUCAUGAUGAGCGUACAUCCCCCAGGAGCCACCCCUCUCCCAAGCUCUUUGAGGAUGUGGAAGAGAAGGGGGUGCUUCGAGCCGAGCUAACAGAGGGUAUGACCAGCCCCACCGCCACAACAGCACUGACCAGUGUCAGUGAGGACUCAAGGGACCAGUUUGAGAACAGUGUUUUGCAGCUCAGGGAACAAGAGGAAUCUGAGUCGGCCACUUCUCAGGGCAACGGGAAUGCGGGUGAUGGAGAGAACACCGGCAGCACAGAGGACAUUAAGAUCCAAUUCAGCCGAUCAGGCAGCGGGAGUGGGGGCUUCCUGGAAGGACUUUUCGGUUGCCUGAGGCCUGUCUGGAACAUCAUAGGAAAGGCAUACUCCACCGACUAUAAACUCCAGCAGCAAGAUACUUGGGAAGUUCCCUUUGAGGAGAUCUCGGAGUUGCAGUGGCUGGGCAGCGGAGCCCAAGGUGCCGUCUUCUUGGGCAAGUUCCGAGCAGAGGAGGUGGCCAUCAAGAAGGUGAGGGAGCAGAAUGAGACCGACAUCAAACACCUUCGCAAGCUGAAACACCCCAACAUCAUCGCCUUCAAGGGUGUUUGUACCCAGGCCCCAUGUUACUGCAUCAUCAUGGAAUACUGCGCCCAUGGACAGCUCUAUGAGGUCUUGAGAGCUGGGAGAAAGGUCACUCCUCGCCUGCUGGUGGAUUGGUCCACAGGGAUUGCAAGUGGCAUGAACUACUUACACCUACAUAAGAUCAUCCAUCGGGACCUCAAGUCACCCAACGUAUUAGUCACUCAUACCGAUGCAGUCAAGAUUUCUGACUUUGGAACCUCAAAAGAACUCAGCGAUAAGAGCACGAAGAUGUCCUUUGCCGGCACCGUGGCGUGGAUGGCCCCCGAGGUGAUCCGCAAUGAGCCCGUCUCAGAAAAAGUAGACAUCUGGUCCUUUGGAGUGGUGCUGUGGGAGCUGCUGACGGGGGAGAUCCCGUACAAAGACGUUGACUCAUCGGCCAUCAUCUGGGGUGUGGGCAGCAACAGCCUGCAUCUCCCUGUCCCUUCCACCUGCCCCGAUGGCUUUAAGAUCCUCAUGAAGCAGACCUGGCCAGACCUCCUACGCUCUGAAGGCAUCCCCAGCACGGAGGGGGCUCCCCAUGCGUCACCGGUGUCUGGGAGCCCCAAAAUAUCGACCCCAGGAAGCAAAGGCCGAUACCGCAGCAAACCCCGCCACCGCCGGGCAAAUAGCAAAGGAAGCCAUAGUGACUUUGUGGCCACCAUCUUGAAAAACCAGCCAGCCCAGGAGGCUUCCCCCCAGGGCAGCCCCUCCUGCCCGCCGCCCCCCCCUCCCCUCCGUCCUCCCCAUCAUCACAUCUCCCAGCAGCCACAGCACCCCCCCAAGCCCUCGCCCCACGAGCACCCCCCCAGGCUCAACCUGCACGGACAGGACAUCGCCAACUGCGCCAACAACCUGAGGUACUUUGGGCCGGCGGCUGCCCUGCGCAGCCCACUUAGCAACCACGCUCAGAGGCAGGUUUCUGGCUCCAGCCCCGACCUCAUCUCCACAGCCAUGGCAGCCGAUUCCUGGAAGAAUCCCGAGCCCCAGGGGGGCCUGGCCGGCCCUUGGGCCUGUUGUCAGGCCGAGCCCUACGACCCGUGCCUCCAGUGCCAGCCCCGCCAAGCGUCCUCAGAGCCAGAGGCCAAGAGCUCCGGAGCCCACCAGCCCGAGGUCCCGGCCCGCAGCGGCCUCUACCAAGCCAGGCAGGGCUCGGAACAGAGGGAGCAUCAAGGCUUCCGGGGCUGCCCGUCCUUGCCCUCCCUCAGCGCCCCCCAGCACAUGACCCCUCCAGUGCUACCUCGAAAAACAAGGCCCCUCCAGAAGAGUGGAGACGACUCUUCGGAAGAGGAAGAAGGAGAAGUCGAUAGCGAAGUGGAGUUUCCCCGCAGACAGAGGCCUCACCGCUGUAUCAGCAGCUGCCAGUCCUACUCAACCUUCAGCUCCGAAAACUUCUCCGUGUCCGACGGAGAGGAGGGGAACACCAGCGACCACUCCAACAGCCCCGACGAGCUGGGCCACCGGCUGGAAGACCGCCUGGCUGAAAAGCUGGAGGACCUGCUGUCCCAGACCCCGGAGAUCCCCAUCGAGAUCUCCACCCAGUCCGAUGGGCUUUCGGACAAGGAGUGUGCUGUCCGGCGGGUGAAGACCCAGAUGUCCCUGGGCAAGCUCUGUGCGGAGGAGCAUGGCUACGAGAAUCCUGGGCAGUUGGGAGAAUCCGACUGUGACUCUUCGGACGGGGAAUGCUCCGAUGCCACGGUCCGGACAAACAAGCACUACAGCUCAGCCACGUGGUAAUGGCGGGCAGCCCGUCGGAAGCUCGCCUCACCGUCCUGGCAUUUCAAAUCCCCCCCAGGCUCUGGCCACGCUGCUCCCUGAGCUUCCCCACCUUCCUUCUCCCCAAAGGGAUCGGCAAUAACCGGGACACGGGACUUCCCCUCACCAGUCUCUUGGGGAAAACAAAUGGUGUCCAAAUGGAGUUCAUUCUCACCGAGCAUUUCAAUCCAGAAUGGCAGGGAUCUCUUUUAUUGACUCUUCUCGCUACUGUAACACGAAGAUUUAUUUUUGUUUGACAUUUUAACACUUUGUACUGUAAAGAGUGAACUAUAUAUGGUAUAUGUAGAGAUAUACAUAGAGAGACACACACAAUAAUUUGUUGCAAAAAAAAAAAAAGAAAAAUUCAGAAGGAAAUAGAAUUUAGGAGAAAUGUCCCUCGGAGCGGAUGGGGCCAGGAGUUGUUGCUGCUGAUUGAAUAGGGACCAGGCCUUUGGGCCCUAGCGAUGACAGAAAGGGCAGAGCAAAAACACAUUGAAAAUCACAGGGAACAAUGAAAAAAAAAUCACAGCAAUAGCAGACCUCCCGGCUCAGAAGGGCCUCCUUUGGACGGCUGGCUUCUCCUAUGCGAGUGGAGGCCGAUUCGAUUUCCUUUUUUUAAAGCAGCAUCUGGCUUUCAGGUCCUCGCCCAGCGUUCCUGGGAGCUCACCGGCCUGUCCAGUUCCUCUCGGGGACAUCCCCCGUGUGGCCUGGACAGGCCCACCGACUCUCACACAGCUCAGGAAGCCCCGGGACAACUGCUUCGGCUUGUCUCCUCCACUCCUGCCCACUUUGCCUAGGAAUGGAGCAGGGGCCGCUGGGCCCGAGGCGCAUGGAGCCAGGAUGCAAACUCUGCUUUCUAAUAGCAAUUCCCAGCCCCCUCCUUUGGGUUUUUAUCGAUGAAUUCUUGACUAUUGAGAGAGCCUUCGGGGACCCACCAGGUCAGGCUUUAGUCUACAAGAGCCAGACAGCAGGGGAAAUCCAGCAGUUGACAUGAGAUUCCCCAUUCUCCCCCCUCCACCCCGUCCCCCAACCCAAACCAGAAUGUGAUUGUAACUAUUCAAAGGCCUGGACUCGAAGGGUCCUGGAAGGAAACCCGAGCAGAGCUCUGGCCCAAAGGGGAGACCUUCAGGCCUCAUGCUUUGACUCAAAAAGAAAAGGGAAGGAAGAAAGGAACAUCAGGGCAGGCCAGUGUUAACCUGGGUCUCAUCGUCUGAGCCCCCCCUACGGAUCCCUUUCCUCCUCCCCACCCCCAUCUCGGGCUUCCCUCCCCUCCAGACCUAAGAAAGUGAGGUGGAUUCUGGCAGCACCCUGCCUUUGUUUAUCCGGGUAGAAAAAUGGUUUCAGAUGAAAAUAGUGUCAUUCCCUCCACCCCACCCCCACAUGUGCACACGCGUAUUUUACCUCCACACACACACACACACACGUCCCUCCUGUGGGUCUCCCGGGUUAUCCCAGCCCAAGAAGGCAUGGCAGGAGGGCACUUGGGGCCAGUUUCCUUUCCUCAUUGGGUACUUUACAUCUGUUUGUUUACACAUAAUGUUGAGACAUUGAUUUUAAUUUCACGGCUAUCAUUAAUAGCCCUUAGAUAGGAUCAAGGAACGAUGGUUUUCCUUCUCCGUAGAGCAGUAUUGUACGCGCUAAAUUAUUCCAUUUUAUAAAAUUUCUGUAGCUGGACUACACGGAAGACCUUAAGUUAUGGCAUUUUUAUUAUUAUUUUAUUAUGUUAUCAUUAUUGUUAUCAUGAUCAUUUUUCUGUCGAUCAGAAGGUUUGGUUUACAGCGGAACACAAAUGAUUGCCUAUUUAUUACUGACAGUGAACUGUGUGAUUUUAUAAAGGAACAAAAGCAG